AUUCGUUCUAUAUUUUCAGUAAUCAGUUUACUCGUGGGAAUUAUCCAAUUAAUAGAGUCGUCUCAGUUAAAUCUUAAAUAAAUUUAGCCAUGAAGGUAAUUGUUUUGGUUGCGCUUAUCGGCCUCGCUCAUGCUGGUGGUCCAGCAGUGUCGUACGGUCCAGGUUUGUCAUAUGGCCCACAGGCUGUUUAUGGUGCCCCCGCCAUCAGAUAUGCCUCAGCCGUCCCCACCAUUCAACAUUACGCUCAAGCCCCAGUGGCUGUGACACAAGCGGUUGCCGUUCAACCCGAACCAUACGACCCUCACCCUCAGUAUCAGUAUGGAUAUUCCGUUUCCGACGCUUUGACUGGAGAUCAUAAAUCUGCCUCAGAAUCUCGAGAUGGUGACCUUGUCCGAGGACAAUACUCUCUCGUUGAGCCUGAUGGUGCCAUUCGUACUGUGACCUACACGGCGGACUCGGUCAACGGAUUCAACGCUAUCGUUGACCGACAAGGUCCUGCCGUUGCAGCUGCUCCUGUCGUCCAAUAUGCGUCAGCACCUGCUCCAGUGGUGCAAUAUGCACAAGCCGCCCCCGUGGUUCAAUACGCACAAGCCGCCCCCGUGGUCCAGUACGCACAAGCCGCCCCAGUGGUCCAAUACGCACAAGCAGCUCCAGUGGUGCAGUACGCCCAAGCUCCCGUCGUUCAAUACGCACGUGCCCCCACCGUGACCUAUUCCACAGCCCCAGCUAUCCAACGGUACGCACCAAGCGUUACUUACUCAACAGGGCCAAGUUAUCAACGCUACGUUCCCAGUGUAACUUACACCUCUGGCCCAGCCAUCCAACGGUACCGAGCCCCCAGCAUGGUCACUUACAGCACUGCGCCAAGAGCAAGUUACGGUCCACCUGCAGUCGUUUCUGGAGGAUACGCUUAAACUAUAUUUUUUAGGACUUAUCAAAUGAGACUUAUCUACGUACAUACGACUUUCUCAAUUUUUAUUGAGCUUAUGUUUACUCUUGUCUCUAUACGUCUUAAUAAUCUCUUGUUUCUGCCUGUUUUAUUAUCUUAAUGCUGUUGAACUUUGUCUGUGAUCUUUAAAUAUUUAAUGACCUUAUACAUACACACAUUUGAAAAUACGUAUUAAUGAUGUUAAAAAUAUAUUUGUAUCAUAAUCUCACUUUUUGAUUUAACUUGUAAUAAAAAGUGUUUAGUUUUCCAACAA